AUGAUCCAGUCUGGAUCUCUGCAGAAGAGCAGUGAAAAUCGUGAGGAUAUGCUGAGUUCAAAAAGCAACAGGCUGACAGAAGCUUUGGAAGAAGCCAAUAAACUGUUCAGUGGAGUUUCCCGUGCACGAGAGGCAGCACUGGAUGCCCAGUUUCUGGUUUUAGCAUCAAAUCUAGGAAAGGAGAAGGCCAACGAGCUGCGCUCUGAGAUGACAGCAUUUGAUUCAGUAACAUUUGCAGAAGACUUGCUAACCUUCAUGGGCUUAAAUCGUGUAGAAGUAGAAGAAAACGAUAGUGAUGCUGAGAGCAAUUCAGGUGGCUACUUACCUAGUAAUGCCUGGCAUAAACUGGGAGAAGAAGCAGAAAAGUACUUCAGGAGAGCACCUUCUUUUCACUAUAUGUUGGGAUCUUUCAAGUCUGAUCCUCCUGUACCAAGGCAACGGAUUGAGAGGCAGAAAAAAUCUGCAGGAGGAGAAGGAAAAAGGGCAAUGCCUGCUCAGUUAAAAAAAAUGGAGGAGUCUCAUCAGGAAGCUACAGAAAAAGAAGUAGAGAGGAUCUUGGGAUUAUUACAAACUCAUUUUAAAAAUGAUCCGGAUACACCCAUUUCCUUCUUUGAUCUUGUGAUCGAUCCAAACUCUUUUGCACGCACAGUGGAAAACAUCUUUCAUGUGUCCUUCAUUAUAAGGGAUGGUUUUGCAAGAAUAAAGCUGGAUGAAGAUAAAUUGGCAAUAAUAGAGCCUUCCAAAGACAACGAGAGGAAGGCAGAUCACCGCAGUGCUGGAGCACGGAACCAGGUCGUCAUAGCUCUGAGCCAUCAGGAAUGGAAGGAGAUUGUGGAAACAUAUGAAAUAACAGAACCCAUGAUUAGCCCUCCUAACGACAGGAAGGAAGAUGAAAUGGAGAUAUCUUAA